ACUUCAGCUAUUGGCUGUGAGCACUGGCUGUCUGACUCCAUCUGCAGGGCUGUAAUACCUACUCCUCCGAUCCAUUCACCACACAACUUCAGCCGGCUGAACAGACUCGCCCGCGCGGCUCCAGCACAUCUUGCUAACCUAAUUCAGAAAACAAGUGCUACGGCUCUCUGCCUGUCAUCUUUGCUCACUGUAGCAUUUUCAGGUUAUCUAGGAAACUGGGUUAUUUUUAUGACCAAAUAAGAGAAACAGGAAUCAUGAUGGGGAUGUAUUUAACAGACCCAGUACUGGAUAAAACUUAAAGCCAGUUUGUAUUCAACAUAGUGAAAAGGUCACCUUGUCCGGCUGAGAAAAGAAGCAAAAUAUCAGCUUGUUGGUUUCUGUUAACAUCUUAGCUUGCGCCAGCCUCUUUUCCUUGAUGUUCACACCAAUUUGGGAUAUCUGGCUAUAAAGAGAGACAUACUGUACUCAUGGUAGAUGACAAGGAAAAGAACAUGAAAUGUCUCACCUUCUUCUUGAUGCUUCCAGAGACGGUAAAGAACAGGUCGAAGAAAAGCUCGAAGAAAACAAAUACCAGCAGUAGCAGCAGCAGCGGCAGCAGCAGCGGCAGCAGCAAGUUGCCCCCGGUUUGUUAUGAAAUAAUUACCUUGAAGACUAAAAAGAAGAAGAAGAUGGCUGCUGAUAUAUUCCCCCGCAAAAAAGCAGCCAACUCCAGCAGCACCACUGUCCAGCAGUACCACCAGCAGAACCUCAGUAACAACAACCUGAUUCCGGCCCCGAAUUGGCAGGGUCUCUAUCCGACCAUCAGAGAAAGAAAUGCGGUGAUGUUCAAUAAUGAUUUGAUGGCAGAUGUACAUUUUGUGGUUGGGCCACCAGGUGGGACUCAGCGGUUGCCAGGACACAAAUACGUUUUAGCUGUUGGGAGCUCUGUGUUCCAUGCAAUGUUUUACGGAGAACUUGCUGAGGACAAAGAUGAAAUCCGUAUACCAGAUGUCGAACCUGCUGCUUUUCUCGCUAUGCUGAAAUAUAUCUAUUGUGAUGAAAUUGACUUGGCUGCUGACACAGUGCUGGCUACUCUUUAUGCUGCCAAAAAAUACAUUGUCCCUCACCUCGCCAGAGCCUGCGUUAAUUUCCUGGAGACCAGCCUGAGUGCCAAGAACGCCUGUGUGCUCCUCUCCCAGAGCUGCCUGUUCGAAGAGCCAGACCUGACCCAGCGUUGCUGGGAGGUAAUCGAUGCCCAGGCUGAGUUAGCUCUCAAGUCUGAGGGAUUCUGUGAUAUCGACUUCCAGACACUAGAAAGUAUCCUCCAGAGGGAAACUCUGAAUGCCAAAGAAAUUGUGGUUUUUGAGGCGGCUCUCAACUGGGCUGAAGUAGAAUGCCAGCGACAAGAUCUAGCUCUGAGCAUUGAAAAUAAACGCAAGGUCCUGGGAAAGGCGCUUUACUUGAUCCGCAUACCUACAAUGGCCCUGGAUGAUUUUGCCAAUGGUGCUGCGCAGUCUGGAGUGCUGACUCUUAAUGAGACCAAUGACAUCUUCCUCUGGUACACGGCAGCCAAAAAGCCCGAGCUGCAGUUUGUGAGUAAAGCCCGCAAGGGCCUCGUACCCCAGCGCUGUCACCGUUUCCAGUCGUGUGCCUAUCGGAGCAACCAGUGGCGCUAUCGAGGCCGCUGUGACAGCAUCCAGUUUGCAGUGGAUAAGAGAGUGUUCAUCGCUGGCUUUGGGCUGUAUGGCUCCAGCUGUGGCUCCGCAGAGUACAGCGCCAAGAUUGAACUCAAGCGGCAGGGUGUCGUCCUGGGGCAGAACUUGAGCAAGUACUUCUCAGAUGGCUCCAGCAAUACCUUCCCUGUGUGGUUUGAGUACCCAGUGCAGAUCGAGCCAGACACCUUCUACACAGCCAGCGUGAUACUGGACGGCAAUGAACUCAGCUACUUCGGACAGGAAGGCAUGACGGAGGUUCAGUGUGGCAAAGUGACUGUCCAGUUUCAGUGCUCCUCGGAUAGCACCAAUGGCACCGGAGUACAGGGAGGGCAGAUCCCCGAACUUAUAUUCUAUGCUUGAAAACACUUCCCCAAGCAGUUUGAGCUCUAAGGUGCGCAUCUGGUUCCUACCUGCUUGAUGCUUAGCUCAUCUGCAGAUAUGUGAUCAGCGCAGAUAAUUUGUAAUGAAUGAAGCUAUAGGCAGUUUCUACUUUCUUUCAACCUUUUAAUUAUGUACAGGCAAAAACGCAGCAUUCAGCUUUUAACUAUAUGCUUAAAAGAGCCAAGUUCUUAUUACAGCUUUGUGGUUUUUAGAAUUGCGUCUGUCUACACAGCUGGGGAGAAUUUGUGUUAUUUUCCAAGUGCCCCAUUGACUUCUCAGUUUUGUCCUUCUUAAGAAAAAUUUUUAAUCACCUCAAAUUUACUUUAGGGCUUUAUUUUGACAAAUAGAAAUAGUUUAAAGUAAUGAUGUGUAAUUUUCAAACAGAACCCCCCCCAAAAAAAAAAGGAAUAACAGGUAAACCUCAGUGUACAAUUAUGAAAGAAGUUUUGCUUUGUAAUAAGUAAUAAUUUAGGAAGUAGACAAUAGUCAUGUUUAGCUCUUAUUUCCUUUAAAUAUUUUACUUCUGGGCAUUGCUUUUUCUUAAAUCUUAAUUCAUAAGAUUGUUAAAUAUUAACAAUAUUUAACAAAAUGUCAAUGUAAAAUGGGGAAGUAAGAAACUGGAUGUUUGUUUAGGCCAUGACUUCUGCCAUAGCAGAUUUUAUUCUUUUAGUUUAGAAGACAAAAUAUUGCAGCACAGGCACUUCUUUUAGAAGUAACUAAAUUAGAAAAUGUUAUUGCCAUUAGAAAAAAGUUACAGGCCUAUUAAUUCAAACUUAAACAGUUUAUAAAGGAAACCUAAAAGCGUCCCAUACUACAAAUGAGUUAAUUGAUGGCACAAUAGAAUGCAGUUUGAAAAAGUCAAACUGUCUUCUCACCACUUAGCUUCUGAUCCCCACCAUUUCCCUGUUUUCCUGAGUCGUACUGUAUAGAAUUCCUAUUUUCUUUUUCCUAUGAAAAGAGGACCAAACAAUUCUUUAGAUGAAUGGGAAAACAAUUAGUUUUGUAGCAUUACAUGUUAAUGUAAUAAGAUACUUUCAUCUGUUGAUUUUUUUUUUUUAGUCUGAAAUAUACUUUACCUGCUCUACUUUGAUCAUGUACUAUCUUCUUAAUCAUAAUUUUGUGUUAUUCCUGGACUGCUAGAAUCUGGCCUCUGGCCAUCUUAAAGUGCCAAUAUAGAUGCCUGCAGGGUUUUAAAAGAAUGACCUGAAGUGGUGCACCUGAUUAUCCCUAAUGUUCACUGCAUCAGCAUCACGUUCAGCUCUCUUACUUGUCCACAGAUAAUGUACACAAAGGAGGGAAAAGCUUAUCAAAAAAUUCUCCUUUGGUGGUGGCUUGUGAUGGUUUAGUGCCUGUGACCCUGGUGCUGUCCAGUGUGCUCACUUCCAGUUGAAGUAUCCAUGUGUUUCUGGGCAGCUUUUCUGCUCAGUGUGAUCCUGAGAUGGUUUCCCCAGCCACCCAGAGUGUGGUCUCUGGCCGCCUCCUUCUCCUGCUCUGCAAGCCUGAAGCUGGCUUCUCUGGAGCCAGGAGUUAGUCCUGGGGUGGGUGUGUGUACGUGGGCACCCAUGUGCACGCUAGUGUGUUUGCCGACUCAGGAAUUGUCUCCUCCCUGCCUGGCCAGUGAGCGGUGGGACAGAAAAGUUCCCCUGCUGGCCCCAGCAAGGCCCUGGUGAGUGACUGCCCUUAUCAUAUCCGCUGUGCUCCUUGGCCACUUCUUCCCCUGUGAAUGAGGGCUUGUUGCUUUUGGCCGGCUUCCCUGAUGGAGGAGAACACUGGAUUAUGGGAAAUGUUUUAAUCAUCUUUGCCAUUACCUAUGUCUGUUAGCAUAGAUGAUCAAAAGCUGUUACUGGUGAUUAUAAAUGAGUAUUCCCAGCACCACUUCCCGAAAUUCUCUAACAAUUAUUUCUUAUUGGAGAUGACAGUAGUUUUGGCAAAGCAACUAUGAAAUAAAAGUGGCUAUUUGAUUUAAAAACUACUACUACUACAAAGGAUUUUGUUCUUAAAUUAUGGUUAAACAUUUCAGUAAUCCAUAGCUACCGUGCAAAUUGGUAGACUAUAUACCUCAUUAGAAGGCACUCGUUUUUAAGCCAGAAGACAAUUCACUUUAGCAUUAAUUGCAUCAUAUGAGAUUGUGAGGUUGGGAUGAUAACCUUACAGCAUAGAUUGUUCGUUCAGUAACAGUGUCAGCGCUCCCGUUAGCUGCUGCCCUCCGCGUGGCUGGGGACCUGCUGGGUGAAAGCCGCCUGAGAGCCUGUACACUGAGUUUAGAACUUAAUUUUAUGUUAAUUACUACCAAGGAAGAAAGACACAUUUACCACCUGAUUGGCUGGUGCCAAGAGCUGUGUGCUCAAUUUGAAAAUUGAAUUUAGAAUAAGAAAUUUUAUGUUUUAAAUCCUAUUCUCCCUUCUGCAUUUUCAACAACAUGGAAUGAAGGCUAAUGUGCUUGCUCUGUUUUCUUUGAUAAUCUCAAAUUUUGUAGCUUUUAAAACUAGAAACUAUUGUUCUGACAAGGCAGGCAACUCUAGUGUAUAAACACAACUUUAUUAAGCAGAAUACUUGUAGAUGCUUUUCUCAAUGUAUCUGGCAGUCUUUGUUGUUGUUCAUACUGGGGAUGAAGGGGAACUAGGCUAGCAGUUCUAAUGUAAUAUUCUUUAAGCAUAUCUUAAUAUAGUAUUUAAGUAAAUGGUCUAAUUUCUACAUAAUUAUUGCACUGAACUGUCUUUUUUUUGUUUUUUAAGGUGUUGAAAUAAGCCCGGCUAAUUCAAGACACUAGCCACUUGAGCAUCAAAGUGCUUGAAUUUAGUAGCUUACAGCAUUAUUUAUGAAGGAAAAAUAUAUAAAUAUGAAGUACCUCAUGUUGAAUGUUAUUGUACUGUAUUUUUAAUGUAACAGUGCAGAUCUUGUUAGACACAUGAAUGUGUAUAAUCAUGUUCAAUGCAAAUAAAAGUAAAAUUGAUUCAUAGA